AUGAAGAAGUUGAAAGUUGCUCUAUCUGUAUGGAGUAAAGAGACUUUUGGUGAUAUCUUUAAGCAAUUAACUAUUAGAGAGGAUAUUGUUAAGAUCAAAGAGUUGUUGUUUGAAGAGGAUCCCUCUGAAGUUAAUAGAUUGGUUUUGCAACAAGCUCAAGCUGAAUUCAAAAGAUAUAUGCAUUUUGAAGAAGAGUUUUGGAAACAAAAGGCUGGUGUUGAAUGGAAAUUAGAAGGAGAUAGAAAUACAAGGUUUUUUCACAACUUGGUAAAUGGAAGAAGGAAGAGAAUGCAACUUAAUAGAAUACAGAAUGAUGAAGACUAUAGCAUCUUAGAGCAUGUGCACGAAGCUGUUACUCAGGAUCAAAAUGAUUUAUUAUGCUCUAUGACAUGUUUGGAGGAAGUGCAUAAAGUUGUAUUUGGGUUAGCAGGUGAUAGUGCAUAUGGCCCUGAUGGUUUAUCAGGAAUCUUCUAUCAGAAAUGUUGGGAUAUUGUUGGGGCAGAUGUAUACAAUGUAGUUAAGGCUUUCUUUGAUAUUCAAACUCUUCCAAAAUCUGUCACUCAUACUAAUUUGGUUUUACUACCAAAGAAGGAAAUUAGCAACAAUUUGUUUUUAUCUCAGGCCUAUCCGUUUAAGUAA